ACAUCUGGAGAAAGCAGAUGUUGCGCUUUUUGGGAGCGUUUCCGCGCUGUCAUUGUUUCCGUUUCCACCUCCGAGAAGCCUCACGCCUCCACGAGGGGCUAUCUUUUCUUUUCUUUUCUUUUUUCCCCCCCUCUUUUUCCUUGAAGCCGCUGCGCUGGGCUGUGAGCGAUCAGGAGUUUGAGGAGACUCGGUUCUUGUUUUCCGCUCACUAUGGGGGACAUGGAGGCUCCGUCCUCCCCGCCGCGGCCGCGCCAGUCCGUCCUGCUGUCCGUCCUGCCGAGCAGGGAGUUCUCCACCUCCAGGAAGGGAAUGCUGCUCAUUGCUGAAGUGGUUUUGUCCUUCAUAUCGUUCGUGUGCUUCGCCGCCUCCACGGCGGCGGCCUUUGUGACGGUCCCGGCGCUGGAGUUCCUGGCAGCCGUCUUCUUGCUCUUCGCCUAUUCCACCAAAUUCAACGAGAGGUUUAAAGGUUUCUGCUGGCCUCUCAUGGAUUUCAUGAGAUGUGUGACUGCCUCCAUAAUCUUUUUCAUCAUUUCCAUCAUGGCGGUGUCUAAAUACGCGGACGGUUCUUCCAAGGCGGCCGGGAUAUUCGGGUUUAUUGCCACCAUUGCCUUUGCUUUAGAUUUUUAUCUCAUUUUUAAUGAGCUGGCCAGUUUCCUGAAACAAGGAGGGGAGACCAAUGAGGAACUGUCCAGACAGCAAGAUGAGUUCUCGGACUCGGACUCAGACUGAAUCCACGGUUCCCAGACCAGGAGAUCAGCUCACCGCUGAGCUGCCGUCCACUGCGACCUUCACGUCUUCACUAUGCAGCAGCCUCACGUUUAUACCGGGUAUCGUAGAAAUCACUUCAAGGUCAGAUUAGCUGGUUUGUUACAUGUGUUCAUCUGUAGUUUUAGCAGCUUUCAAGAAUGCAGAAAGACUAGAAAAAUAUCCUUUUUUUUUGGAGAAAUCUGUCAUUUUUAUUUACCACACAAAUUUUGUCCAGGCAAGAAAAACAAUUUGGUGUCAGAUGUGUUCCUCUCUUAAUUUACUGGUCAAUAAUGUUCUUUUCCUCGUGAGAAGUGUCAGAGACCAUUUGGUCAAAUGUAAAUGCCACUAUCAGUCUGAUUCUUUAAAAAAGCUGUGACAUUGCUCAGUCUUAAUUAUACUGAGAAAACGUUUGUGUGACUGAAAUGUGGGAGGGUGUGUCUAAUUUUGAAAUAAUACCACAUGCUACCUUUUGGGAAAUGAUUGACCCUGUUUAAAGACACUAAGUAACGCCUGAAUAGAGGAAUGUUUGCUAACUUACUAAAAAUGUUGUGUUGGAGAGAAAACAUGGUCAAAUCUCAUUUAUCAUUUAUAGUAUUAAUCAAGUUUAUUAAAGAAAAACUGGUUGGCUGGUUACAACCAUUGUCUACAUGUCUUAUCCUGACAGUGAUGUAUUUCUGAUGUGUAUAAUUAAUUUUGGCAUCAUUUUAAAUCGGACCUUUCAGUUCUUCUGCCCUGAUGUGCACGGCUUUUCUUCAGCGUGUCUUUUAUACCCUCAGAUGUUUAUGUUGGAGAUUUAUUGUGAAUUUGAAAUAACUCAAGACAUGAGAAACUCUGGUUUUUAUGCUUGUCUACUGUAUGUAUUUUCACAAAUGUGUGUGUGCUUGUGUGGAACCCGGCAGAUCACUGGGUGUGGUCUUGUUAUUUUUUGAAUUAAUUAUGAAUGUGAAUCAUGUUUUGGAAAAUCCCUGCACCGUAGUGUUCUUGAGCCUGUGUCUUUUCUUCUUGUCAGCUUCUGUCCUAAUUUUUGACUUGCCAUUUUUUCACUCUCUGAGACUAGUUUAAAAGUUGAGACAAGAAAAACGUUGUGGAUGGAACGACCUGAAGAGCAAAACGUACAAAAGGAUUGUAGUGGAGAUUUGUGUAAUGUACAAAUAUACAGACAUAAUAUACAUUUUACUUGUAUUUAACAAUGCAAGUGGCUUUCACGUGAUUUAUAUACCAUAAAAAGAGAAACUUUUACUUUGUGAUUGACAAUUUUCACUUUCUACCUAUAAAAAUCAAUCUCUGUACCUUCUCUGUGCACCAAAUCAAUCAUUUGUACUGAUGAGCAUUUUUGAAUUUUUACUAAAAUGUGUUUUACAUACGGCUCUUUUCUGAAUAAAAAAAAAAAAAAAAAUUAAAAACUCACUCAGUUUUCAGUAAUGCCAUUUUAUUUCAUUUGUCACUAUAAACUGAAUGUGAAGCCUUUCGAAAAUGUCUUAAAUACAAAAAUACAGUGCAGCUCCAUGCGGCAUGAAGACAGACUGUGUUUUAAUCUCAGUAAAAGCACACAGGAUUAAAAUGAAACCGGAGAGCAUCACACCUCAAAUUUCCCCUCACACUAAAUCAUAUUCGCCGUGUAUAUAAAACAGUCUGGUGAUUUUAAAAAGCCUUUAAUUCCUUUCUCAUAAAUAGAUUUUUCAUAGUACAUGGUGAUACACAAAAAGAGCUGCAGCUUGACAAAGAUUGUGGUCCGUUUAUAUCAUCAAACGACAAAAUGCUCUUACAUUUUUUUGCUGCUGGACAAAUGUUGAAUGCGAGCAUUGUUAUAGUGUCUGUCAAAUCCGUCAAUGUAAAUUAGAAAUAUAAAUAUAAAUGUGAUUGUCUUUUUAUACAACUACAGUCACAAAAACAAUAGAGGAAAAAAAAAUCAAUCAAAAUUAGGAUAAGUUAUUUAAAACAUGAGAAAGUAAGUACAGUUCGAACAUAAUUCAUCAUCUUUUUAAACCGACAGCUAAAACCUUAGAAUAAAAAAAAAAAAAAAAAAAAAACAUAAAAUCUGAACUAAAACAAUCAUUUUAUCAUUUUGCUAAAAAGUUUGGAGAAGUGUUGAUUUUAUUUCUGCAGCCAGAUACAUUCAACCCACCCGUAGACUCGUCCAGCUCAGGGUCACUCACUGUGGGAAACACACACACGACACACACUCCUCAUCACAACAAGCGCUGCUCAGACAGUGACCAGCAGAUGGAGCCGUAGAGUUGCUUUCGAUCCUGCACCUCAAAGCCUGAAGAGGUAUUUAGGUGUCACUGUGUUGUUAGUUCAGUAAAUCAGAACAAUAUGAGACUCCAGAAAGGAAGUCAAUGAUCCUUCCUUCACUUCAAAAAGCAAAAUGUGACGCUGUUCUUCAACAUUACGCCUCCCGUCGACCGUCACAGGAAUGAUAGAUUCACUUUGCACUCUGCAGGAAUGACUUUUACAACAACCGCAAUAUGGAAUGGCAGCAAUGUAAUACAUGACGAUAAGUGUUAAUAUAUUAUAUAUAUACACACACACACACGCAUAAACACACUCAAACAUUUCAAUUCAAUGUACCUUCUUUCCAUCCCACUGGGUGAUUCUGUUCUGUGCGACAGUUUGGUCACGCCCGAUUGUUGGGAAGGCAUACAGAAAUACAGCGUUCAGGUCGAGGCACCUGUGAUUUCUCGUGUUGGUUUUUAAGGAGUAAAUAUGGAAGGAGUGUGAAAACCUGAGAUUCAGUGUGUCAGCUGAAGGCAUCGGGCUCUGCUGCGUUACCGCCUCUUCAUUCUUUGGAAGAAUCUCAUGGUCUACAGUUGAUUUAGGUGUAAUCUGAAGCCAGGAAUUUGUGCAAAAUGAAAAAUAAAAGGAAACCAAGAACAUCUCCAUUGCCUAACAUCAGCUACUGGUGGCUGGCAGCAUUAGCCCGACAACCUCGCUGUUUGUUUUGGGAGAAAUUAUGUCCAAAGAACAAAUGGAAUGAAGCAUUGUUAAUUUUUAUUCUGCUCCUGUAAUCGUGUCGCUCAUUUAAAAGGUUUUGGCCCUUGUGUUGACCGUCAUUAUUGCAGUUGAAAAUGACCCUGUGUCGGGACUCUAAUUGCUGACAGGUGGCAGAGGGACGCACGCUGAAGGCAUUUCUUAAUUAGCCAAGACAAAGUUGAAAUAAACUCGUGUCAGCAUGUGUAGCCUCGCUCACAGGUAGCAGCCAAAGCUCGUAAGAAAGAACAAUAAUGUCGUCGUGGUGCUUCUGUUGAGCUGCGGGUUUCUGUAUGUUGCUGAUCCAGCGGCUUCUUGGAUCCGCGGUCACAUUCAUCACCACAGCUGGCAGUAAAAGUUCAAACUGUACAAGAGUUUCUGCCUUUCUUCAAUUCCAAUUCAUUCACAAAAAAAAAAAAAAAAAAAAAAAA